AUGGUUCGCAAGGAUCCCAUCUUCGAGGCUCGCACCAAUGUCAAGCUUCACUCCAACCGCCUUAAGAAAGAAGCUGCUCGCGCCGAAGCCACCUUCAAAUCUGAAAAAGCAAAGGCCGACCGUGCCAUGAAGGCCCGCGAAUUCCAAAUCGCCCGCAUCCACGCCUCCUCCGCCGUCCGUGAAAAGCGCCGUCAAGUCUCGCUCAAGGCCGAAGCCGCCCGCGCCGAUGUGAUCAUCAACGAACUCAAAGCCGCGCAGAGCACGCGCGACACCUCGCGCACGCUGGCGCUCGCGAGCCGCGGCCUGGACGCUGCCAGCAAGAGUGUGAAUCUGGAGCAUCUGGUGGCUCAUGCGAAUAAUUUCCUGCAGCGCAGUGAGGACUUUAAGAUUGCGGGAGCGGCGAUUGAGGAGGUGGCGGCGGGGGUGAGUAUGGCGGAGUACGGGGCGGAAGGGGAGGGAGAGGUGGAUGCGUUGAUGGGUCAAUUGGCGGACGAUGCUGGAGUCGAGUGGAGGAUGGCCUUGGAGGAUGAGGCUGGCAAGGUUCCCGAGGGGAGGGUGCAGGAACCCAAGGUGUCGGAGGGAGUGAAUGGGGAGGUGGAGGAUGGACUGGGUGCGCGGUUGAGGGCUCUGAGAGCUGCGAAUUAA